UCCGGGAGGGGCAGUCUAAGAAGCAGGUGAGAUCUCUGGCUGUCCAGUAGAGAGCAGGGCUGCAGCAGCCUUCCCGUACAGUGGGUGCGAGGGGAAAGGUGAAGGGAGCUGAAGGAAAAGCAUCACAGGCUCGGUUCUGUCGGGUGGCGGCCACUGUCUUCCUGAACAAGCUAACCUGGGCUAAAGCCGCUGAGGGACAUGGCAUCUCCAGGCAGGAUGGACCCGGAGCUGCCGGAGUACAGAAACUAUGUAGUUUCUCGGCCUGUCUACAACGAGCCCUCCUUCCUGGAGCAGUACGAACGGCAACUGCGUGAGCGUCAGACAGUCCGCGAGAAACUGGUCAAAUGCUGCAGUUGUUCCAGAAGGAGGACCAUUCGGAUGCUGAAGUCCCUUUUACCCAUCUUGGAGUGGCUACCCAAAUACCGAGUAAAAGAGUGGUUACUUAGUGACACAAUCUCUGGUAUUAGCACCGGGCUUGUGGCCACUUUACAAGGUAUGGCAUAUGCACUACUCGCUGCAGUUCCUGUCGGGUUUGGUCUUUACUCUGCUUUCUUUCCCAUCUUGACAUAUUUUUUCUUUGGAACAUCAAGACACAUCUCAGUUGGACCCUUCCCUGUGGUCAGUUUGAUGGUGGGAUCUGUUGUUCUAAGCAUGGCUCCUGAUGAACAGUUUGUCGUGUUAAGCCCCAAUGGUACUGUCGACAACAUUACGGGGGUAGACUCUGAUGCCAGAGAUGCAGAGAGAGUGUUAAUUGCCAGCACCCUCACUGUUUUAGUUGGCAUUAUACAGUUGAUAUUAGGAUGUUUGCAGAUUGGAUUCAUCGUUAGAUAUCUUGCAGAUCCGUUAGUUGGAGGAUUCACAACAGCAGCUGCCUUUCAAGUAUUUGUCUCGCAGCUGAAAAUUGUCCUCAAUGUUUCGACCAAAAAUUAUAAUGGUGUCCUCUCAAUAAUAUAUACUCUGGUUGAGAUAUUUGAGAAAAUUGGUACCACAAACAUUGCAGAUUUUGUUGCUGGACUGCUUACCAUUAUUAUCUGCAUGGCUGUUAAGGAAAUAAAUGAUCGAUUCAAACACAAAAUUCCUGUUCCUAUUCCUAUAGAAGUGAUUGUGACAAUUAUAGCUACAGCCAUUUCAUAUGGAGUCGACUUAGAAAAAAAGUACAAUGCUGGCAUUGUUAAAUCUAUUCCAAGGGGGUUUUUGCCCCCUGCUCCUCCAUCAGUAAACAUGUUUUCUCAGAUGGUUACUGCUUCAUUUUCCAUUGCUGUGGUGGCCUACGCAAUUGCUGUGUCUGUAGGAAAAGUCUAUGCUACCAAGUAUGAUUAUGCCAUCGAUGGGAACCAGGAAUUUAUUGCCUUUGGCAUCAGCAACAUCUUCUCUGGAUUCUUCUCCUGUUUUGUGGCUACCACUGCUCUGUCACGCACUGCUGUUCAAGAGAGCACCGGGGGAAAAACACAGGUUGCUGGCAUCAUCUCAGCCCUGAUUGUACUGAUUGCAAUUGUGGCUUUGGGGAAGCUGCUAGAACCCUUGCAAAAGUCUGUCUUGGCUGCUGUUGUCAUUGCCAACCUGAAAGGAAUGUUUAUGCAAGUGUGUGAUGUUCCUCGUCUGUGGAGGCAGAAUAAGAUUGAUGCUGUCAUCUGGGUGUUUACAUGCGUAGCAUCCAUCAUCCUAGGUCUCGACCUAGGAUUGCUUGCUGGCCUUCUGUUUGGAUUACUGACUGUGGUCCUGAGAGUUCAGUUUCCCUCAUGGAAUGACCUCGGAAAUAUCCCUGGUACAGACCUCUACAAAAGCACCAAGGAUUACAAGAAUGUCGAUGUACCUGAAGGAGUGAAGAUUGUGAGCUUUUAUAGUCCUAUUUUUUAUGGCAAUAUCGAUGGCUUUAAAAAAUGUCUCAAAUCCACAGUUGGAUUUGAUGCAGUUCGAGUUUAUAAUAAGAGGCUCAAAGCACUGAGGAAGAUACAGAAACUUAUCAAAAAAGGACAGCUACGAGCAACAAAGAAUGGCAUCAUCAGUGAUGCCUGUGCCACUAAUCAAGGUUUUGAGCCUGAUGAAGAUCCCGAAGACCCUGAAGACCUGAAUAUCCCAACUAAGGAAAUAGAGAUCCAAGUAGAUUGGAAUUCAGAGCUUCCUGUCAAAGUGAAUGUUCCCAAAGUCCCCAUUCACAGCCUGAUCCUUGAUUUUGGAGCAGUGUCAUUCCUGGAUAUUGUUGCAGUGAGAUCACUACGAAGGAUUGUAAAAGAGUUCCAAAGAAUUGAUGUGAAUGUGUACUUUGCUUCACUUAAAGACCAUGUGAUAGCAAAGCUGGAUCAAUGUGGCUUCUAUGAAGAUAAUAUUGUAAUGGACAUGUUCUUCCUGACUGUUCAUGAUGCUGUGUUAUACAUACAGAGUCAAGUUAAAACCCAAAAUGUUCAAGACCCUAUCUUGGAAAAGAUUAAUCUGAUACAAGAAUAUAAAGAUCCUCUUGAAUUAAUGGAUAGAGAGGAGAAUGAAGAUGGUCUUGAUGUCCAGGAUGAGGCAAUGCGUAGGCUUGCUUCCUGAUGGAAGUCUACUGAAGUUGGCACCACCAUGGACUGUGUGGCAAUAUUUGUAAACCAAUGUUAUACUAUGCAAGCAUUUUCUAUCUUAACUAUUUCUUUGAAUUUAAAACUCAUUUGUUUUCUAUUGCAUAUUUUAAAAAUAUUUGCAUGUUUUUCUCCUAAGACUGUCGUUAAGCCGGGUCUAUAAACAGCUCGCCUGUUUUGCACAGAAUGGCUAAUGAGAAAAAUGAUUCAAGCAAAUUUUAAGAGUAUGUGCUGAAUAUAUAGUGAAGAUUCUUCCAUGAAAAGGGGCAGAUUUGCUAGCAAUGUUAAAGGGGGUACAUGUCUAUUACAUUUGGAAUGACUAGGAUUAAUUUUUUUUGUGUUAUUCUGAAGCUCACGGAAAAGAAAGCAUACGUUUUUUCUUUAUCACUGUAGGCAGGUCUGCCUGAAGCAUAAAGCAAUGAGAAAUAAAGACCAUGAAUAUUUACACUGAUUCAUCAACCAAGGCAGAAAUGACAUGAAAGUCUAUUUUGGUAAUGUAAUUAAAGCAAAUCUUUUUCUUCCCUUAAAGUUAGCACAUGAUAAAAAAAAAUGUUACUACCUGUGAAUAGAGACCUAAACAGAAUUCAGAUGCUAUAAAACUGUGCUAAUGUACUUAUGAAAAAUGUAUUUCUGCAGAGAGGUAUAUGAGAGUUGAGAGGAGGGGUAGUCAAUGACAGAAUUGUGCAUCUUUUAAAAAGAGUGAUAAUUUUAGGGAAUAUACAAUUAAUUAAAUAAUCACAAUUGAAACAAGAGAAAUAUGAAUAUUUCUAGGGUCAGACAGUCUAUAUCAAGCUUAAAAGGCAAUUUUUAUGUAUGUAUUCAUAUGCAUAUUCUGUAUAUGCGUAUUACAUAUGUUUGUUUUUAGAAGCCACUAUUGAUUUGAGUUAAAUAGUGCAGGCUGUUCUAAAAUCUAACAUUAAAAUAAUUGUAUGAGCACUUUAAAAUUCAGAUCUUUUAAAAGAAUAGCUUUUAUGAUAUUAACACUUAUAGGUACAUUGCAAUGAAAAGAGUUAUGCUUUUAUAAGCUUUCUUUAAAAUUUCUUGCAUUUUAUAAAAAAACUAGCUUUUAGUAAAUCCUAAACACAUAAUAUAUAAAACCAAAAAAUACAUUAGAGAAAAUAUUCAAUGUUGAAAAUUAUUAAACUGUGGAAAACACUACCUUUUAAGAUGCUUUAAAAAUUUUUUAAGGGAUUUUGGUGUAGAUAGUAGGUGUAUGUAUACAUGUAUGUACAUAUGUAUAAGCACAAUUGAAAAGAAUCUAGAUCUUUAGACAAACUUUAUUGUUAUGCUUACCUAACAUUUUCUGAGGGCCAAUGCAUUACUAGGUUUUGUAAGGAAUAUUGAAGUACAAUUGGGUCUGAAUUUCUCUCAUCCUAGAAGUUAAGGAAGUUGCACUUAGAGAAAGAAAAGUAAAACCGCACAGCCUCCAAUUUGAAAAUAUCUCUUGUUGAAAGGCUAGAUUCUGUACUUGGCUUACAUGUGUGAAAUUCCCAUAUGUCUGGUGGCUAAGCAUAAAUGAACAAAGGCAGAAUCUGUCCUUAUUUGUUGUUUUUGUUGUUUUUCUCCUGAAAAGCAAAUAGAAAUGAUAAUCAUAGGAUUCAGAACUAGAAAUAGACCUUAGAGAUCAUCUUGUAUAAGAAAGUUAAGGCCUGAAUAGGUUAGAUGAUUUGCCCAAGGUCACAUAGACAGUAGUAGAUAAUGGACCUGGGAUUUGAACCCAGGACUUCUGAUUAGAAAUUCAGUGCUCCUUCACUAUUCCAUGCUACUUUUUUCUUUGUAUGCCAGGUCUGAAGGGUUAAAUGGAAGCAUCGUAAAAUGAAGGAGUAUUGCUUAAAUACCUCUUGAAUGAGCUAAAACAUACUGUAAUGUGUGAAAUUCUUUCGUGUUCCAUAGGUAUACUGGGCCUUUACUUGACUUAAAAUUUCUUCUGAAUCUUGGACAUAGGACAUACUUGUCUAUUUAGGGAGCACUUUUCUAGCCCUAGAGAGCUAGCUCUAAAAUGAUAGUCUUGAGAAAAAAAAAAUGUGUGCUUCUGUUUAAUAGGGGGAAUAUGCAGUUUGUUUUUUAUAAGAAGGAAAAUACCAAAGUCACAUAUUUUACAGUGAAGUUAGAGGUUUGUAAAUGCCAGUGUCCAUUUGUGAGCAAGCCAAUUUUCCAAAUACGUUCUAAGAAAGACGUUUCCCUGUGUUUUUUUUGUGAUAAAUAUAUCCAUAACCGUACCUUCACUGAAAGUUUUACUUGAAACUAAAGGCCUAUUUUGUUAUAUUUUAAACUUUUAUGGAUAAGAUUUUGAUAUUGUAAAGAGAUCUAAACAAUAAGGAAAUCAUAUACAACAUUUGUACAUAUUUUUGUUAAUGUAAAGUUUCUUUUAAA